AUGGCCGCUCUCCUCCUCAACUCCACGCUCCUCUCCGCGAAGGCGUCCGUCGCCUCCGGCGUGACCUCCCGCGUCGCGAAGCGCGCGGCGAAGCGCGCGGCGUUCGCCGUCCGCGCGUCCGACGACGACGACGUCAUGGGUCAGAUCGGACUCGGCGACCUCGAGGACAUCAUGGACAAGGCGGACGGCGGCGCGUCGGUCCCGAAGUUCAUCGAAGGCCUCGGCAUCGAGCCCCUCACCGAGGCGUUCAAGUUCCUCGGCUCGGACAAGAUGACCGGCCCUGGGUCCGAGGCGCUCUUCGUGGAGAAGUACGGCGAGACGCUGUACCGCGAGGCGGGCUUCACGCCGAUGGCGGAGCUCAUCAACGGCCGCCUCGCGCAGGUGGGCUUCGUGCUCGCGGUGCAGAACACCUUCAACGGCGACGUCCUCGAGAUGAUCGCCAAGUACCCGCUCCUGGUGUUCCUCGUCGUCGCCGCCAUCACCGGCGCGAGCCUCGUGCCGACGGCGAACCCGCAGGGUUACAUGCCGGACGGGCUCAAGGAUGGCGUGAUGAAGGCGUACGAGGGCGCGGGCGCGGGCGAGAUCUUCAACGCCAAGGCGGAGAUGAUCAACGGGCGCGCGGCGAUGGUCGGCAUGGCGGUCUUCCUCGCGACGGCGACGAUCUUCUAA